CGAGAUCUUCCUCCCAGACGGCAAGGAUAUGAGGCUGGCGAGGCAGCUACGGCUCGCGACACCGGAGGGGGCGCGCUGCAAAGGCGGGCAGCCGAGCCAGGGGAUCCCGGGAGCGCAGUCGGACACCCUCCGGAGAGAAGAAAUGAGGUAGCGACCAUCCCCGGAGCCGACCAUGCGCACGCCCCGCCCUCGGAGGCCGGCGCUGCCCUGGCGGAGCCAGCCCGGACAGUGAGCCGGCGAAGCCAGAGUCCCCGGCGUCCUGCGGGAGAGAAAAUGCAGUGAGCCACGGCGGGACUGCUGCGCUGGGCCCGCCGCGGCCAGCUGGACCCACCAUCUGAGCGCACUCGGGGCAAGCAGCUGAUUCUGGGACCCGCUCAAUCGAGGGGCUCUCUGCCUACAGCACCCCUUGGGGGUGGGGAGCACCGACCCCUGGGCACACUCGCGGUUGAGUUUCCGCGGUUUCUGGCCCUAGCCCUGGGGAUUGUGUGUGUGUGCGAGGGGGCCCCUUUUCACCUUCGCCGAGGAGUUCCUGCGUAUUCUCGCACCAUCCCGGCUGCUUUUGCUGCACGCACGCAUCCCUUUUUUCUAAAGACAUUUUCUGCUCCACUCUCGUGCUUUCUCUCAUUUUGCUUGCCCAAGACUCUUUGCCCUGGUCCUGCCCAGGCUGGGGUAAAUCUGUGUGCUCCUACCCACUCCCUCUCCUUGCAGUUAAAUCCUCUUUAAAAAAUUCUACCCCUACCUCUUUCGGCGGGGUUCUCGAACAUCUCCCCCGCCCCCACUCCCUCCGACUGGGCCACUCCCAGCAGAGUUUUAUUUUUCGGUCUUGCCCCGGCCGAGCCCGGCCGGGGCGGGUGGCUCAGCCGGGCUCUCAGUCGGCGCUCCGCCGCCGCCCAGCUGCGCUGGGGCGCCCUCCGGAGAUGCUGCCGUGGAAGAAGCACAAGUUCGAGCUGCUGGCCGAGGCGCCGCCACGGCAGGCGUCCAAACCCAAGGGCUACGCGGUGAGCCUGCACUACUCGGCGCUCAGCUCUCUGGCACGGGCGUGCCCCGAAGGCGCGCUCAGCCGGGUGGGCAGCAUGUUCCGCUCCAAGCGCAAGAAGCUGCACAUCACCAGCGAGGACCCAACUUACACCGUGCUCUACUUGGGCAAUGCCACCACCAUCCAGGCGCGCGGCGACGGCUGCACCGACCUAGCGGUGGGCAAGAUCUGGAGCAAGAGCGAGGCGGGCCGUCAGGGCACCAAGAUGAAGCUGACUGUGAGUGCGCAGGGUAUCCGCAUGGUGCACGCCGAGGAGCGUGCGCUGCGCCGCCCGGGCCACCUCUACUUGCUGCACCGCGUUACCUACUGCGUGGCGGACGCGCGACUGCCCAAGGUCUUCGCCUGGGUUUACCGGCACGAGCUCAAACACAAGGCGGUAAUGCUGCGCUGCCACGCGGUGCUGGUGUCCAAGCCCGAGAAGGCGCAGGCCAUGGCCCUGCUGCUCUACCAGACGUCAGCCAACGCUCUGGCGGAAUUUAAACGGCUCAAGCGGCGGGACGACGCGCGUCACCAACAGCAGGAGCUGGUGGGCGCGCACACCAUCCCGCUGGUGCCCCUGCGCAAGCUGCUCCUGCACGGACCCUGCUGCUACAAGCCGCCGGUGGAGCGCAGCCGCAGCGCGCCCAAGCUCGGCUCCAUCACCGAGGAUCUGCUCGGCGAACAGCAGGAGCAGGAGCUGCAGGAGGAAGAGAGAGGGGUGCACACGGAGGGCUGCCCGGAGGAGGAGGAGGGGGAUGAGGAGGAGGACCGAGCCGGGGAGGGCGACCCGGCAGAGCAAGAGGCCGAGGCGCAGCGGGCGCUGGUGGUGGCCAUGCACUUCGAAUGCGGGGACUUGCUGGACACGCUGGAGAGUGGCCGCGAAGAGGUGCUGGGGGGCGGCGGGGUCUCGCCGGGCCCUGAGGCUGGGUCGCCGUCUCUGCUGCUGGGCAGCACCUCCGACAUGAAGGCCGAGCUGUCCCAGCUUAUUAAUGAUCUGGGAGAGCUCAGCUUCGGCAACGACGUGCGCAGCCUGCAGGCCGACUUGCGGGUGACGCGCCUGCUGUCGGGUGAGAGCACGGGUAGCGAGAGCUCCAUCGAAGGAGGGGGCCCGGAAGCUACCACUACCACCGCCGGGGACCAGUCGGACCCCGCCGACUGCGCCAGACCAGACGAGCCCCACUCGGGCUGAGCUCCCAGCAAUGUCCUGUGCGCGCCCCUGUUGCCGCAUCGUGACACCCCACCCCCGUCUCUCCACCACUUGCUUACCUUCCCGACCCCCCCCCCCAAGAAAGGGGAAAGGGGACACUUGAGGCCCAGACCCUCCCCCACCCCCAUACGUUUGGCUCUGUUUGAAGCAGGGCUCAGAUUGCACGUGGAGAUAUGGGGGAGGGAAACCCUACAAGGAAGGGGAGAGCGGCAGCCCUCUGGGGUCUGGAGAGGGGAAGGGCAGCUGGUGUUAGCAAAGCCCCGCAGGCGUGAGGUGCCUGCUGGCCAGUUUCCUGUUUGUGGGCAGCUGGGGCCUGAGGAGGAGGGGUUAACUUCCUCCACCAGCCCCCAGCUGGGAGCGGCCUGGCGCUGUCACUGACAUGUCAUUAAAAAAAAAAAAAAAAAGGAUUUGCUCUCAACGUUUGAGGCUUUAGUGCCACCUCCUUGCCCCCAGUCUUUUUGGUGCGAGAGCUUGGGUUGUUUACCUCAGACUCAGACCCUUGAAAUUCUGCCAAAUUCCUCAAAUAACUGGUGGGGAAGGGAGGGGGGGAGAAAGAAAGUUGCAUUUUGUUUACAGUUAAAGACAUCUAAUAUCUAAAAAAGGAGUUUUCCUUUAGAAACACACACACCUUGCUUCCGCUCAAAAGAUCUCACUCCAUGAUACUGUGUAAAAUAUUUUUGCACUGUUGUGAAGUAUUUUUGACAUUUUUUUUUGUACAUAACUGUUGUCAGAGUCCAAUGUUUAUAUCUUUUGCUGUGCAAAAGGGACAUGUAAAAUGUUGUUCAGUUGUAUAUACGGAAAUGUGUAUAAAACAUUUUGUUAUUUUUAAAGAGUAGCACUGCUCUGGUUCUGUUUGCCCGCCAGUGGGGAGAGAAUAAAGAGGAAAAUUUAACAGAACAGGUUAUUUCCAUGCACUGCCAGUUUCUUUGCUGUUUGAAACUGAUGAGAACAUUAAUCACCGUGAAGAUCAUUUGAUGAAUACUUGGGGGUGGGGCAGGGUCUUCAUGUCUUCCUUCUUAAUCCAAUUGAUGUGUCCAAUGAGAAUGCCAAGGUGGCUUUCAUCUGUGACUGAUGGGGGUAUGGUGAUUGGUCAGAAAGUUCAGACAAGUGACAUUUACACCAACACCAUCAAUAAAUAUAAGGCAACUGUCUCUUUAAA